AUGACCAUCAUCAUCGAGCAGCCUCAGUUCGAUGCGGCGGCGGAGAGGAAGGUCGCCGGCGACCCGGCGGAGCUCGUGCUCGACGGCGGCUUCACCGUACCGGACUCCAACGCCUUCGGCCACACCUUCAGGGACUACGACGCGGAGUCGGAGCGGAAGAAGACUGUGGAGGAGUUCUACCGCGUGAACCACAUCAACCAGACGUACGAGUUUGUGCAGCGGAUGCGGGACGCAUACGGGCGGCUGGACAAGACGGAGAUGAGCAUCUGGGAGUGCAUCGAGCUUCUCAACGAGUUCAUCGACGACAGCGACCCUGACCUGGACAUGCCGCAGAUCGAGCACCUCCUCCAGACCGCCGAGGCCAUCCGCAAGGACUACCCCGAUGAGGACUGGCUCCACCUCACUGGCCUCAUCCAUGAUCUGGGCAAGGUGCUGCUGCAUCCCAGCUUCGGGGAGCUUCCUCAGUGGGCAGUCGUAGGUGACACCUUCCCCGUCGGCUGCGCGUUCGACGAAUGCAACGUCCACUUCAAGUACUUCAAGGAGAACCCUGACUACCACAACCCGGAGUUCAACACCAAGUUCGGGGUCUACUCCGAGGGGUGCGGGCUGGACAACGUGCUCAUGUCAUGGGGCCAUGACGACUACAUGUGCCUGUGUUUUCGCGAUGCCCGUCUUCAGGUUGCCAAGGAGAACAAGACCACCCUUCCUUCCGCAGGGCUGUUCAUCAUCAGAUACCACUCCUUCUACCCCCUGCACAAGCAUGGAGCCUACAUGCACCUGAUGAACGAGGAGGACAAGGAGAACCUCAAAUGGCUGCACGUCUUCAACAAGUAUGACCUGUACAGCAAGAGCAGCGUCAGGAUCGACGUCGAGGAAGUGAAGCCCUACUACAUGUCGCUCAUCGACAAGUACUUCCCGGGGAAGCUGCGAUGGUGA